CUAUGGAACCAAAACACUUCUUUUUAAAAUAUCGCUGUGUUCGCAGUUAUUCUCUUACAGGUCAAGGCCACAAUGAAAGCAGUCAGUGUGUGUCUGAUCCUAUUUCUUGUGACGGCUCGCAUGUCCGUCGCCAGGAUCCUGAGUCAGUGCCAAUUGCUGCAGGAGCUCAGGAACCGCAACGUUGCAGGAAACGAUUUAGCAACCUGGGUGUGUAUAGCUCAGCAUGAGAGCUCUCUGAAUACGGCAGCUAGGGGCGGGCCCAACACGGACGGAAGUUUUGACAAUGGGAUAUUCCAGAUCAACGACAGAUACUGGUGCAGAGAAAACGGCGUAGGCGGUAGUUGCAACAUUAAUUGUGCAGCUCUCAGAGAUGACAACUUGACCGAUGACAUAAAUUGCGCAUUGAAAAUCAAGAAUGUUCAGGGAUUCACGGCCUGGACUGUUUAUUCGAGAUACUGCACCCGUGCUGUCUUGCCCGGCUGCUGAAAUGGCAUCCACAAUCUAUCUGCAUAUUCAGAAGUGAAAUAUGUCCAAUCACAUGAAAUAAUAAUGGCAAAGUUCCGCACAGCAUUUCGUGAUAUGCACGAAGCAUCUCAAUGAGUUUUCUUAAAUAAAGGUGGAGGAGAGUAGGUUUUGUGUUCACUGAGUGUCCCACAUGUGACUUAUUCUAAAACUUUAUAGAAGUUCCUGAACAAGGAUAUCAUUAAACUCUAAUUCCUCUAACAGCCUCUCAAUUGUCUUCAGUGUAUAAUCUAUUAAGACAUUACUAAGGAACUACAAUAAAAUUACUCACAUGUUCUUUCGAGAGAAGAAAUAAAUGAUAUUUAUUACCAAAACGAAAGAAUAUAUUUCACAGAA